AUGGAAUCAAACAUUUCUGAUGUGAAUAUUAAUGAUACAGAAAAUACAGAGGAAGAUUUUAAUGGAAACGCCAUCCACAUCGCAGUCCUAGGAUCAGUUGCUGUAGCUCUCUGCCUCUUUGGGAUGAUUGGAAAUGCUAUUGUAUUUAGGCAUACUUGCUUCACAAUGAAAAAAAACAAGUAUAUUGUUUAUAUCAUCAAUCUUGUAGUAGCUGAUUUUAUCCAUCUAGUAUUUUGUGCUAUAGUCAUGCUGCUUUAUAUUAAUGAUGAAGUUGGUGUUAACCAAAAAUUCAUAGGAAGGGAACUCCUUUUGAAGGUAUCAGAAAUAUUUUUUAAUGGCUCGCGUUAUUCUGGGAUGUUCUUCCUCACAGCCAUCAGUAUGGAAAGGUGCAUUUCUGCAGUUUGGACUUUGUGGUACCAAGUUCAUUGUUCUAGGAAUUUGUCUUCUUCUUUAUAUAUUAGUUUAUAUAUUUUCUUUUGGAUUUUCGGCUUCACUAAAAGCAUAGCUGAAAAUAUUAUUUGUUCAGAAAAAGAAUUUUUCUAUCAGACUGAUCCGUGCACUGGACUUAGAAUUAUGGUUUUUAUCACUGACAUUUGUAUCUGCCUUCCUUUGAUGAUCUUUUCUAGUCUAAUUCUGAUAAUCAAGUUAAAAAAGACAUUCCGGCAGCAAUAUCCACCAAGACUUUAUAUUGUAAUUAUUGCUUCUGUCAUAUUCUUCGUAUUGUCAGUAACCCCUAUCGACUUCUUGUGGUUUUUAACUUACUUCCAGAUUGUGCCCUGGGAUAUUGAGAAACUCAGCUUGUUGUUUGUCAGUAUUUAUUGCACAAUACUGAAUAGCAGCAUUAACCCAUACAUUUAUUUCCUUGUUGGAAGAAAAUGGAAAAGAAAAUCCCAUUCUAUUAAAGAUGCUCUCCAAAGAGCAUUUAAUGAAGAAGAUGGCAACACAUAA